AUGGCAUAUGAACAUAAUAACCAAUCAAACGGUUCAGAAGGGUAUGGUUCAUACUCUUAUAAUGGAAAAGAUGAAUAUUAUCUGAAUAAUUAUCGUGGUAGUGGUGGUGGUGGUUAUCGUGGCAGCCGAGGACGAGUGUCACGAGGUAAUAAUUAUUAUGGCAAUAGCUAUCGAGGUGGAUCUAGUAGAGGAGGUGGAGGAUAUUAUAAGAGUUAUAACAACAACUAUUAUGGCGGAAGAGGUGGAGGACACCGAUCAUAUUCUAAUUAUCAUGAUCAAGGAAAUGAUACAGCAGGUUCGUCAACAACGUCAUCACAAAAUGGAGAAUACGAAUCUCAAGAUAAUACACAAGAAACUGAACAUUCAUAUUCAUCACGACCUCAUAUUUCUGGAUUCCAUCGUGGUUCAUAUCGAGGUGGGUUUAGAGGAAGUUAUCGAGGACGUGGCGGUGGCAGUUUCAAUAAUGGAUUAGCAGCAACAGCAUCACCAACGACAACACGUCAUUAUAAAGAUAUAAUAAAUGAAAAUAAAUUGAAAAAUUUCAAUAAUCCAUGGAUAAAUAUUAUGAGAAUUGAAGAUGAACCAACUCAAAAUAAAUUAGAAAAAAGUUAUAACGAUAUGACUGAAUUGGAUUCUAGUAUACUUGAAUUACAAAAAUCAAAACUAAAAUUGGAAAUGUCAAUGUCAUUAAUUGAAAAACAAAUAGAUAAAGAAGGGUUACAUGUAGAAUUAACAAAUGAAAAACUAGAAGAAUUUGCUUAUUUGUAA